GUAUCCUCAUACUUCCACAAUAGGAGAUGGGCGUAAAUACUAGGGUUUAUUCAUCCAUAUCACUAUUGUGGGAAUUGUGUCCCUCUUAGUUCAUCAGAUUAGAUUGCGUUUCCUUUGGGAUGCACACUUUACUCUUACUUAAGCCCCUUCGCCACGACAAGGCGACCAACUUCAAAGGAGUUGAAAUGGGGUUGCAGAAAAGGAUGGAGUCUCGUUCCAAAAAAGAGUUGUUAACUACAAUGUUGAAGAAUAACGCCCCUGUUGAAGUAAUUCAAGGAGACGAGGAUGGAGAGGCUUCUCAAACUGCAGGAAAGGAGGUCAUCGAUGAGAACGUCUUUCUCAUAUCAUCAUCAGAAAAUACUGCAUUUGGAAACAGAAAUACCAGGCUGAAUAGUGUUGUUAGAACUUUGAAUAAGUGCAAAAACGGGCAGUUAGCAGAAAUUAAACCAAUUAGGAUUUCCAUUAGAACCGCGGAAUUCCAAAGAAAUAAUUUGGAGCAAAAACUUAGCUGCAUUUUCACCAACGGCCAGAUUGAAAAAUUAAGGGAUGGAAACAAACGGCGAAAUUGGAAAGAAGAAGACAUAGCUAAGUCGAUCACGCUAUAUUCAACGAGCUCGAAAGCGUACAAACUCCUGUAUUCUUCGAAUAUGACUGCAAAAUGACGAAGGAAGAAUUGUUUAGCAUCUUGUCAAGUGUUAAAAAGUGCGCUUACAAUAUUGUUGACAUUUUAAGCGAUUUGAGUGGCUCAAAUAGAGGCUUAUAUAAUGAACUUGAAAUUAAUGUGGAAAAAUCUUGGUUUUCAGACAACGGAGACAGGAUUGUGGUUUUUGCUGAUGGGGGACACACUUAAUACUACUACAGAGAAAUCAUUUUUUGGAUAAGGGCUUUACUAUCAAUGGAAAAAUUGUAAGAAAACGCAUUAUUCUGAAGCUGCUCUCGCUUACGUCGAACGACCUCACCAUCACGCACAAAAUUUCCCAGAAGAAUUUGUCUGUAACAGGAGUAGAAAAGCAAAAGGUUAAACUAGCCACAAAAUUGUUCUCUCACACAAUUGUUCAAGCAAUAACUCGCGCGGCUAGUUUAGGUCUACUUCUUCUUAAUUGGCGUAGACACCGCUUUCGCGAUUAUAGCCGAGUUAACAACAGCGCGCCAGUCGUUUCUUCU